UUUUCCUCACUUCACUCGGCCAGGGCGCAAGGAAGGAAGGAAGGCAGCACACAUAAAUAAUCGAUCGUGACCAGUACAGCAGCUCUGUCUCUUCUCAGCCGUGCAGCAGCAGCAGCAACAGACACUUAGCACCAUGUUCACAGCAGUGCUGGUUGGUAUUGUGCUUGGAGGACUCAUCUACUUCCUGGUUCAGAGGAACAAGAACCAGGUUUUGAAGGUAGAGGAUGGCUGGUGGGGAGCUGGAGCACCCCCUGAUGGCGAGGAGGACGACACCAUACGACCAUUUAAAGUCAACACCAGUGAUGAAGAGCUGGAGGACCUGCACAGAAGAAUAGACCAGACGCGUCCUGUUGCUGCUCUGGAGGACAGCCAGUUCCAUUAUGGCUUCAACUCGCAGUAUUUGGAGAAAGUGAUCUCUUACUGGAGAAAUGACUUCAACUGGAAGAGUCAAGUUGACAAACUCAACCAAUUCCCUCACUUUAAAACCACAAUUGAAGGCAUUGAUAUCCACUACCUGCACGUGAAGCCCAAGAAAGUGCCUCAGGGAAAAACUGCCAUUCCUCUGAUCAUGGUUCACGGCUGGCCUGGUUCCUUCUAUGAGUUCUACAGGCUGAUCCCACUGCUAACAGAGCCUUCAAACCCAGACGACCUCGUGUUUGAGGUGGUGUGCCCCUCCAUACCUGGAUAUGGCUUCUCUGAAGCGCCGCACAAGAAAGGCUUCAAUACAGUUUGUGCAGCAAACAUCUUCGUGAAGCUCAUGAAGCGUCUGGGCUUCCAGCAGUUCUAUGCUCAAGGUGGAGACUGGGGUUCAUUGAUCACCACCAACAUGGCUCAGCUGGAGCCCCAGACAGUCAAGGGCUUGCAUGUAAACUUUGCCCCAAUCACAAAGCCUAGCAUACAAACGAUUUUGUCCAUGAUGUUCGGCCGCUACUUCCCUAAUCUCUUUGGCUUCAAUGACAUGGAUGUCAAGGGCGUCUUUCCUUGCAAGGAGAAAAUGUUUGUGAACGUCAUCAGAGAGAGUGGCUACAUGCACAUCCAAGCCACCAAGCCUGACACUGUGGGCCGAGGACUGAAUGAUUCUCCCGUGGGUCUGGCGACCUAUAUCCUGGAGAAGUUCUCCACGUGGACCAAAAGUGAAUUUAGGAACCUGGAGGAUGGAGGACUCACCAGGAAGUUCUCUCUGGAUGACCUGCUGACUAAUGUUAUGAUCUACUGGGUUUCUGAAUGCAUCAUCCCAUCAAUGAGGUUCUACAAAGAAAACUUCAGCAAAGGCCUCAACGCGCCACACACCAAGAUACCCGUCGUGGUUCCCUCUGGGAUCGCCUGCUUCCCCGACGAGCUUGUGUACACGCCUGAAUUAUGGGCCAAGAAGAAGUUCCAGAAUAUUGUGAGCUUCAGUCACAUGGCCCGCGGCGGCCACUUUGCUGCCAUGGAAGAGCCUCAACUGAUGGCAGAGGACAUUCAGAAGUUCAUCAAGAUCGUGGAGAUGAAAUAGUGGAACAGAUGGAACAGGUGAAUGACCUAAAAGUAACAAAGGCACACGAUGAGAAGCUUAAUGGAUGAAAACAAAUAAAAGGUGAACCAAAGGUUGACACACGCAUACAGUGUAUGAACAUAUGAAUGAAGCACUGUAUAUUAUAUAGUGUAUUCAUACUUCUUCAUGAUUAAAGCCUGAUUUAUACUCUGCCACAGACAUUACAUAUGUUUUGUGUGUGAUUGGGUCUGAUUGGGCUGUACUAUACACUAUACUACUAAUAUCACAUUGCUGUAAUGCAAGUUUGGAGCUGUGUGGUUACCAUGGAGACAACUGGAGUAUAAAUUGAAUAAAAAAAGUUUUUGACAAAAUCAUUUAGUUUGUCAAGUAUAAAUCAGGCUUAAGUCGGUAUAAUGCAGUGUUUAUACAGAAAACAUAAAUGUUCCUGAUUCUGCUCUUUUAACUCAUAUAAAAAAUAAAAAAAUAUAUAUUUUUUUUGCAGUUAUUGUAAACAACUCUUCAGCUUCAGGUUUGUACACCUGUUAUAUAGCCAGCCAGUUCACUGGUAUCGAACACAUUAAAACAUAUUAAAGUUUAUAAAAAAACAAAACAACAACAGA